AGUCAUCUCCUAACAGGCCAGCUGGGGUCGCUACAGAUGUUAAUGCAGUUUAAACUGAGUCAACUAAAAGCUUAUGUCUUCAUGGUUCUGAUUAAAGUCAUGCAACAUUCAGUUAGACAGAUAACAUGCAGUCUAAGUUUAGCAGUUCUUCUGUAAUCAUCAUGAGACAGUGACUUCUGUGGACAAUUUAUAAAAUGUUUAAUGCUAAAACUCUUAAAGAGAAACCCCCCAGUAUCAACAGCAUGUCUGUAAUUCAUUAUUAUCAGUAUAGAUGCACCAAGUAACUGUAAACCUGCUGUGAGUCCUGAAACGUGAACAUUUAUUCUUAUUUCCUGACAUGUUUAAACUCUUGAAACCAUACUGAGGUUCCUCACAAGUGUAGAAGUACUGUGUGUGUGUGUGUGUGUGUGUGUCAAGGCUAGGCUGGGGGUCUGGUAGUGACACAAUGACCCUUUUGUCUGUAACUAUGACAAUCCAAACACUGAGUGCAGACCCCCUCAUGUUUAAUGCUUGGGCCAUAAUUUUACACUCACAUGACCACAGACUUCUCAUGAAGAGUAAUCUGUGAAGUACUCAGUGUUUAGUGUGAGAUCAUUGUAUUUAAAAGUGUUUUAAAGCAUUUUAUGGUUUUAGGCAGUUGUGGUUAAUGGUGCAGUGGUGUUUCAGUAGUAGGGGAGAACGGGGUCAGGUGGAACGUCACAUUUUUAGGGCUGAAGCUAAAAGUUAUUUUCAUUAUUGAUUAAUUUGCAGUAUGUUUCCUCAGUUACUUGCUUGGUCUGUAAAAUGUCAAAGGAAAUAAAAAAUGCCUGCCACAUUUGUUGGGGGUAUUGUUUGGUAUCAUUAUUGGCAGAAAAUAUCUUCACUAGUCUUGCUAUUCUGACAAACCGUAGCUCACACACAUUCACUGAUACAUUCAUGGUUCAAUACAAACACAAAUUGGAACUUUUUAGCAAGCAGUUGCUUAUUCACAGAUCAGUUACAGCUGAAAUCAUGUUUCUGUUUCAGCUGGUGAAUGUAAGUCCAAUAUUAGUGCUCUCUUUUAGCUCUGUGCUUGGUCUCUACCAACUCCUGAGGGAAAGAUCUGACUCUUUAGCCACUAAAUCCUCCACUGUGUUCACUAGCUGGUCUCUAACUGUGUCAGUGAGCUGUUUGGUGCUGAGCAGGGAGUCUACAGUGGACUUUACAGCUUUUUACACUGAAAACCUGCCUGCUGCUAAAGACGACACUAUAGGCCCGUUUCCACCUGGCAGGAACUUCGGGGUAAUUUUACGGGGCCAGGGCCGUUGGUGCGUGUCUCCACCGCAGGAACCACCCCCGAAGGACAGAGUUCCAGAACUUUUACGGGGGCUAAACAAGUCCCUGCCUCGGGGUAGGUACUCAGAACGGGCCCAAAAGACUCCUGGCUGGGGCUUGGGGAUUACUUGGUGCUGAUUGGAUAUACUCAAGGAGGGAUGUGAUGUCAACAGAAAGCAACAAAAUAGCCGGCAUUUUUAAAACUCAGCAGACGAGGAUUAGCUCGUUCAUAUAGCUUUCUCCGCCAUGUAAAAAAAAAACCUCUAGCCGUGAAAAAAAUAUUUUUUCCAGCGGAUAUCUUAGUUACAACAUGAUUGAGCUAGCAAAGCAGUUUUGUGUUGCUAUGUGUGGUAUUUAUUCAGUUCUGGGAAAUCACAAUGUCUAGAAAGCAUCAGUGGCUGCUGCUGACAGGGACAGCUAACAGCAGGCUAACAUCAGGAGGUCAUCUGUUAAAAGCCUCCCGUUGUCGGAUACGACAUGAAACUACUCCAGUUAGCUCAAUCAUGUUGUAACUAAGACAUCCGCUGGAUUUUUUUUUUUCAAGGGCCAUUUAGUGAGUUAUUACAGACACCGCUAAGGGCUAUCAGCUAACGGCGUCCCUACGUCGCCCGGUAAAUGGUCUCGCAACGAUUACAUCACAUCCAGAACUUUACAGGAACCUUCCUCCUACUCCGCUCUCACAGUGAAGACACGGCAGUUGAGAGGGCCGAGCGAGAGGAAGUUCCUGUAGUAGUUACUGCCCCCCAAAUAGUACCAGGAACUUCUUCAGUGGAAACGGGCCUCAUGAGAGCUGUGAAAGUGGACCGAAACAGUGGAGUUGCGGGCUGGACGGUUAAGCAAUGAGCUAAACUCACCGUAAAUCUCUGUCAAGCCAAGGGAAGCUGCUGGUGUACAGUAAUUCUCUGUAGAUUCAUGACAGGGAACAACCCCUUUCUUUUGUUCGCUGUGAUUAUUUUGAAGCUUGUGCAUGUUACAAUAAGUUGAUUCUUUUUCACUAGUACAUUAAUUUAACGUAUUUUGGAUCUCAGUGAAUAUUUUUUGUUGGUGUGCCAGACAAGUAAACCAGGCCCGGCCUCAGCCUCUCAGCGACUUUUAGUUUGUUUCCUGCAGUCGCUACAAUAGUCGUCAUCAUCAUCCACCUGAAUAAUACUAUCUGACCUGCUGGACGUGAGUUAUCUGAGGUCUGAAAUGAUACUGUGCACCCCUUCCUCUUGACACGGCCACAUCUUCUCCACUGAUUCUUGGUCAAAUGUCUCUAAAAGCUUCUGGCAGAUGCAACAAAUGCAGAAAAUCAAACCUGUUCCAAAAACUUAAAUGGCGGACUAAAGUUUCGGACUCAGUGGUAGUAUUUAUUUUUAGAGGUGCAACAAUUUUGGACAAAAAAAAAAAAUUCAGUGUGCAAAGGCCUUAAGCUGGGGGGCAUGUGAGGCCAACUUUUGGGUAAAUGGGACCCUGCAGGUAAAGCUUGUGGGCUGUUGAUUCUCAGUGGGAUUGGAAGCAUAGCAACCGUCUCACAUAACUGGAUGCAAGAUUAAAGUUAUUUUGCAACUUUGAACUACUGCACAUUGAGAACACCUGCCAUCAUAAAUAAUGAAGAAUAUGAUCUUUGUACAGAAUUAUUUGUAAAAAUGUUGACCCCAACCAACCUCAUCUAUUGUAGCCUACAUUUUACUUUAAAAAUCAAUGAAUUAAAUAAUACUCUUGCAACAUUAAAAAACUGAUGGUCAAAAUAUGUUUGGGUUUUAUCCCUUGCAUGGUGUCUCAUAGGGCUAUUAAAGUUUUUUACUCCUUUUUGUAGUGCAGUUGAAUAGCGGUGGUGUGGAGGGUUGUGAAUGCGCGCAGUGAGAGUGGAGUAGAGGUGGAGGAGGUGCAGGGGUGUGAAUCUUAAACCCUGUUAAUCCUGCUGUCCUCAAUCUCUGCCUGCCUGUACCGGAGGAGGAGGCGACAGGACGGGUCACACACUCUGCUCCUCUGCAGCCAAACUUUUGUCAGUUCCGACACAUUCAGACACAUAACCAGCUCCUGGCUGUCAACUUGUCCUCUUUAUCGCACCUGCUGAAAGGCAAAGAGACGACAGGUCAGUCUGUGGAGACGUCGCGUUCACUCGGAGUUAAUCCUGCUCUCCGGAGGAUCUUAGAUCUCUGCUGCGAUGAGCGCGGCGGAGAGCCCCGACACCGACUCCAACAAACUGGAGUCAGUGAUACAGAGGCUGGAGGAGAGUGUUUUGUCUGAGGAGAAGAGGUUGACUGUCCGGGGCCCUUCACCAGACGCCCCCCCUACAUGUCUACCUGCACGAGUUAGAGAGAUUGUCACAAAGAACCUCAGUGAUAGCUCAGCCGGGGCCAUGUCUUCAGUCAUGUCCCUCCAGGAGGAGAACCGGGUGCUGCAGGGUGAGCUGGGGAGGCUGGAGGACCUGCUGGCACACAGCAGAGCUGACCGAGACGAGCUCGCCAUCAAGUACGGUGCCAUUAGUGAGAGGCUGGAGCAGGCGUUACGUUUUGAGACGGGAGAUGGCGACCAUGAUUCACCAGAGUCACGCAGCCUGGCGCAGCAGAACGUGGACCUGCGCAGGCGGCUGGAUGAGGAGCAGGCGGCCUACAAGCGUAAACUCACUGCGUAUCAGGAGGGUCAGCAGAGGCAGGCGCAGCUCGUGCAGAAGCUGCAGGCCAAGGUGCUUCAGUACAAAAAGAGGUGUGGGGACCUGGAGCAGGUGGUGCAGGAGCGCUCCUCAGAGCUGGAGAAACACAGGCUGAGUAGCCAGAGUGAGUCAUCAAAUGGUCGCCAUCAAGACGAAGCCAGCAGCAACCUGGAGGACGCCUUAAUCCGUCUGGAGGAAGAACAGCAGAGGAGCAGCAGUUUGUCUGCGGUGAACGCCAUGCUAAGAGAGCAGCUGGAGCAGGCCAGUUUGGCCAAUGAGGCCCUGAGCCAAGACAUCCGUAGGCUCUCUGCUGAUUGGACGAAAGCCAGGGAGGAACUGGAACAAAAGGAGUCUGACUGGAGGAGAGAGGAGGAGUCUUUCCACAGUUACUUCAGCACUGAGCACAGCCGACUGCUGACGCUGUGGCGGCAAGUGGUCGGAUUUCGGAGGCAUGUCUGUGAACUGAAGAGCGCAACUGAAAGGGACUUGUCAGAUAUGCGUAAUGAGCUGGCUCGGGCGUCCCACUCUGCUCAGGUGUCCUGUGCAGGUCUGUCUGCCACCCUGCACACCCGCGAGGGAGGAACAGCUCUGGCCCUGGAGCGAGAGAAGGCUCUGCGGGUUCAGCUGGAGCAGCAGCUGAGAGAACGAGUGUCAGAGAUGAUGAAUCUUCAGACCAGAACAGACGCAGAGAGAAGUGAGCUCAACCUCAGGUUGUCAGAUUCGGUGCGAGAGGCAGAGAGACUAAAAGGCCAAAUAGAAGAGAAAGACAGAGAGGUUGUCGUGCUGACGAGGAGACUUGAGGAGCAGAGCGGUAACGAUGAGACUGACAUGCAGGUGAUGAGAGCUCACACUGAGACGCUGGUCGACACCCUGCGCGACAUCGCUCAGACGGUUUUAUCUGAUGGAGAGUCGUCGUCAGAGGCAGACCAGGACAACUCCGGGGCUCCGCUGCUGGCAUUGAUCCGUGGCUCCUCCCCUCACCGCUCCUCCUCUCCUCGCAGGUCGUCCUCCCCCUCUCGGGCCUCAUCCUCGCUGUCUCCUCUUUCUGAGGCGGCGCUGUCAGCUCUGCGCUCUGCAGUCACAAACAAGACACUCCAGCUGCAGGAUGUUCGAGGCCGUCUGCUCUCUGCCCAGUCCUCGCUUCAACAGUUGCGCAAACAGCUCUCAGAGACUGAUUUGGCCAAAAAAGAUGCAGAGCAGCGAAACCAAGCUCUGCAGAGAGAGCGGGACGCUGCUCAGAGAGAGAGGGAGACCACACAGAGAGAAAAGGACCGUCUGAAGCAGGAGAGAGACACCCUGGCCAGUGAGAAGGCGAGCCUGGAGAAGACAGCGCAGGCAGCACAGAGCAGCAACCACAUCCUGCAGAUGGACUGCGAGAAGCUACAGCUGACUGUGGCGUCCAUGCAGCGAGAGCGGGAUCACGAGAGGGAGGAAAAGGAGGCCGCUGUUCAGGAGAGAGAGCGGGCAAAGGCAGAGACUCAGAGGAUACAAAAGCAGUUGGAGCAGAGUGAGAGUCGAGGCUCCGCUCAGCGUGGAGAGCUGUCCGCAGUGAGGGAGACUCAACAGCAGGGGGAGGUUGAGCGGCAGCUGCUAGAGAGGGAGAAAGCCCAGCUCUCUGAGGCACUGGCUCGGGCUGAGGGCAGUAACGCAGAGCUCUCUCUGCUGCUCAACAAGCUGCAGUCUGAGGAUGCAGCUCUCAGGGACUCUCUGGCCAAGAUGGGAAGCAUGAAUGAGGGACUGGCCCAGGACAAAACUAACCUUAACAGCUACAUUCUCCAGCUGGAGGAGGAGAAGGCCCUGCUGCAGGUUCAGAAACGGGAGGUGGAGCAGGAGAAGCUGACCAUCAGAGAUGAGCUUGUGCGGUUGGAGCAGGACCGGCUGGAGCUGGACUCAACCCGCAUCACGCUGCACCAGUCGCUGCAGGAUGCUGAGCUAAGCCGUGUUGGGAUGGAGGCAGAGCUGCAGAGUCUCAGGGCUGAGAGAUUUAAGCUGCAGGAGAAAGUCACCCAGCUCUGUGGCGAGGUGACCUCUCUGGGCUCAGAGCUGAGUCUUGCCAGAGGGGAGGGCCAGAGGAACGAGGUGGCCUUAGAGGAGGCCGGCCGCAGUCGGACAGAACUGGCCCGAGACAAAGCAGCUCUGGUGGUCCAGCUCACAGCAUCUGAGAGAGAAAACACUGUGCUGUCAGAGGAACUGGCUGCUUUCAGGUCGGAGCGUGAGUCCCUGGAAACCAGUCUGUUUGAGGUGCAGCAGCAGCUCGUUCAGGUGGAGUCUCGUAGAGAGCAGCUGGAGACGGAGAACCAAAGCCUUCGAAUCCGCUGUGAGACUGCAGCAGCUGAACUGAGGCGUGUACGCUCGGAUGGGGAGAAUGUGUUGGCCCAGGCUGAGAGGGAGAAACAAGCUCUGACUCAGACUCUAAAUGCUGCACAGCUGGAGGCCCAACAGGCUUUACGCAAGGCCAUCUCAGAGCAUCAGGAGGAGGUGGAGAGGCUAGUCUCAGAAAAGGAAGUGGUGCGGCACAGCCUAAUGAUGGAGCAUGAGGGCACUCUGAGGAGGCUCCGGCAGGAGGCAGAGGAUCAGCUCCACAAAUCAGACAGAGAAAGAGAGGAGCUGCAGGAUGAGCUGAGGAGUCUGCAGCAUGACAGAGAUCAGAAUCUGCUGCAGGCGGAGACUGAGAAACAACAGGCCCUUUCUCUGAAGGAGGCAGAGAAAGCCGUUUUGUCAGACAGGGUGUCCACCCUGCAGGCCGAGCUGUCCGCUGCAGCCCUGGAGGCUGAGCGGAUGUCGAGAGAAGCAACUCAUUACAAAGAGCAAGAGCAGAUCAGAGUUGGGGCUCUGACCAGGGAGCUGCUGGAGCUUCGCUCUCAGCUGGAAGAUGCAGCUUCUGUUCAUGACAGGGAACUCCAGAGUCUACGAGAAACUUGUUCUGAUCUUCAGUCACGUGCUGACGCUGCUCUCAAAGAGCUGGACCAGUGCAGAGCUUCUCUCUCAGCUAACGAGGAGAGUCGAGACCAGCUGAGGCGCGACCUGUUGGACAGUGAGCGACGUCUCAACCAAGCUCAGGACGCAGUAGAAAACAACAGAAGAGAGGGGACGGAGCUGCGACGCAGCCUCGGUGACGUCACCAAGGAGAGAGACACCCUGAGCCAGUCGAAUACUCAGCUGAGAGAAGCUCUACGGAGCGCAGAGACAGAGAGAAUCAGUGUGAAACGGCAGUGUGAGGAGAAGGAGCAGAGGCUGGCUGUGCUGGAGGAGAAUCUCUCAUCUAAUCAGAAGGAGGUGACGGAGCUGCGGAGCUGCCUGAGAGAAGUUGAAAGAUCAAGACUCGAGGCUCGACGAGAACUGCAGGAGCUCCGCAGACAGCUGAAGGUCCUGGAUGGAGAGAAGGAGCAGAGAGGGAGGGAGGUGGCAGAGCUGCAGACUCGCCUGUCUCUGGAGGAGCAAAGAGAGGAGGAGAGAGGCAAAGAGGCUUUCACCCUCAAGCAGAAGUUAAUCGAGGCUGAAACAGCUCGAGACUCCCUGAAGAAAGAGCUUUCUUCAACUCAGAAGCGUCUGCUGGAGUCUGAGUCGGGCUGGCGAGGCUGCGAGAGAGAACUAACCGCUCAGCUGCAGGAGGCGCGCGGCUGCGAGAAGAAGCUGCAGGAUGAAGCCAAAAACUUGGCCCUGCGCGCUCAGGCGGCUCAGGACUCUGCCGCUCAGUCCAGCCUGCAGCUGAGCGAGGCCCAGGGCCGCCUGGCCGCCACGGAGGCAGAGCUGACCAGGGCAGAGGCCGGGAGAAGGGACCUGGAGUUUCGUCUGAGCAGCCUUCAGUCAGCGCUGACGCGGACGCUGGGCAUCGGAGCAGCAGGCAGGGGAGGCAGGGGGAGGAGCCCAGGAGGGAGCUCCACAUCACCAGGCUCUAUGUCACGCCACCACAGCAUCUCACCCCUGCGCUCCUCGCUGUCACCUCCUAAAGAGUUUCGGGUAAGCACCCCUGACAACACUUUAGGCUCAGUGUCUCCAGAGAGAGGGGAUACACCACUGCCUCUCCCUCAGCCAGAGCUGGACCCCGACACACUGCGCAGUGAUCUGAGAGACUUCCUCCAGGAGCUGCGUGAGGCACAGAGAGAGAGGGAUGAUUCUCGAUGCCAGCUGGGGGCCCUGCAGCGGGAGCUGGAGGAGCUGACGGGGGAGCGAGACUCUGCUCUGAGUCGUCUCACUCAGCUACAAAACACCAUACAGGAAUACCAAGAAGGGAAGCGUGGACUGGACGAGCGUCUGACCACCACUCAGAUUUUGCUCCAGCAGCAGGAGGAGGUGGUGAGGAGAGGAGACAGAGAGAGGAGAGCGCUCACAGACAGGGUGAAGGAUUUAGAGCGAGCGCUGCAGGCCUCUGAGAUGGAUAAAAAACACACACAGGAUCAGUUGAAUAAGCAGCGUGCUGCUGAGAUGCGUCUGGAGGCGGAGAGGAGGCGACUGCGGGAGGCGCUGGAGGCAGCUGAAGCCCGGGCCACCAGGGUGGAGCUGGGGAGGCGCAGUCUGGAGGGAGAGCUGCAGAGACUCAAGCUGAGUCUGGGAGACCGUGAGGCUGACAGCCAGGCCUCCCAGGAGCGCCAUGACUCUCUGCUCAAACAGGUGGCAGAUGGAGAAGCCCGAGUGUCUCUGCUCCAGAGAGAGGUGGAGAGGCUGAACCAGGCUCUGCUCAAAGCUCAGGAAGGUGAGUCUUUACUCAGAGAGAAGACCUCUGCCCUCACCAAGAGCCUUCAGGAGGCAGCGGCCUCUCACAGCAGUACACAGAGUCGCCUGACCGCUCUGCAGAAGACGCUGAGCGUGGCUGAACAGGACAAACGGUUUCUACAGGAACGAAUGGAUGAAUCUCGGGCGGCAUUAAUGGAGGGGAAAAGGAAUAUAGUCACCUUCACUGAGCGUGUGCAGAGCUUGCAGAGUGAGCUGGACCAGAGCGAGCUGAGACGAGAGGAACUGGAGGCUGAACUCAGCAACACUCAGGAGGCUCUGCGUCAGCGCUCGCUCAGCGUCGCAGAGGCUCAGCGCAGCGCCCAAACAGCUCAGACAGAGCGGGCCGCUGUGGAGGAGCGGCUGCGUGGGCUGCAGCGAGCGGUCGCCAUGCUUGAGACUGAGAAAAAAGAUGCUGAGAGACAAGCUGUGAGGCUGGAGAAAGACAAAGAUGCACUGAGGAAUACACUGGAUAAGGUUGAACGGCAGAAGCUGAAGACUGAGGAAGGCAGCAUGCGGCUGUCUGCAGAGAAAAGCCGCUUGGAUCGUUCCCUGAACACCACUGAACAGGAGCUGCAGGAAGCACAGCAGCAGAUACUGAUGCUGCAGACUCAGCUGGGUGAGAUGGAGCAGUCACACAGUCAGUGUGAGAGUUUGAUGAGGCAGCGUGACGACGCCCAGCGGGAGUCGGAGAGACUCAGGACCAGCUUCAGGGACGUAGAGCGAACACUGGGAACCAGAGAGCGAGCUCAUCGUCACAGAGUCAAAGGCUUGGAGGAGCAGGUGUCCACCCUGAAGGAGCAGCUGCAGCAAGAGAUGAAACGGCGGCAACCUUCUCUUCCAUCCUCCUUACUGUCGACAGGAAAGUGAGAUGCAGCUUCAAACCUAAAAGCACCAGCCCACUACGUCUAAUCCAGGGAACAUCCACUCAUCAUGAAUGUCUGAAAGCAAUAUUUACUCACAGAAACACUCCUUAAAGUAUUCAUACUCUAACUCUACCUUUAUAGUACCAUUUGUUUAACUUUGUGACACGGAAACGAGCACCACUGUCACUUUGAUGGUGUUUUAUUGAUAACUUUAUACAGUGAAGAACACUCAAGCCAAUGACAGUCGAGGGAACGGAGCGAUGUGAUGCAGCAGCUGCACUGAAAACGCCAGCAGCCUGCUGAUUACUGGCAACCAUCUGUACUUGAUCCUUGCUCAACAUCUUCCCAAACUUCCUGUGCUUAUUCAAGAAGAAAACCCAAAUCACCGCAAGGAUUCUCCUCCAGACAGAAUCUGGACGUAGCGCAGGAAUGAAAAUCUGCCAGUUGUGCAGUUUGGCCUCGAUUCCUCCUCAGUUAUAUUAACAGUCGAGGACACUAAGAGGAGGAAGGGAAGGUCUUCACUGUGGGCCAGUGCCAGGAAACAAACGAAUUGAGCAUAAUGAAGGAGCUGCACUGUAUUUUCUCUCAGAGACACAGACAGAUUUUACUGAUUAUGUUACAGAGAUGGUUUUAUAACUGAAUAAGGGACCGCGAGGCUCUGCAGUAUGAUGGUGUACUUACAGUAUGUGUUUUUUAUUAGUUAAUAUUAGUUUUACUAGGUGUAUAUACUGUGUACUUACUGUAUAAAGGCUGACAGACUGAUGAUUAAUAACAGCAAUACGACUUGUAUGGACAAUACACAUGGAAGCCACAUGUCUGCAGGAGAAUAAAC